AUGAACCGCCCAUAUGAUUUGAUUGUCUAUGGUGCUACCGGCUACGUUGGCUCGCUGGUGGUGCAGUACCUGUGGACUCAUGGUCCACCAACCCUCCGAUGGGCAGUUGCUGGACGCAAUGAGCAGAAGCUGACGACUCUCGUCGACUCCUUGGAUCGAUCCAAUUCCCUCCAUCAGCUGCCUCAUAUCAUGGUGGCCAUCAAUAGCGACAAGGACUUGAGGUACAUGGCCUCCCAAACACGCCUUGUGCUUAACACAGUCGGACCUUUUUGCAAAUACGGGACACCUGUUGUAGCAGCCUGUAUUGAGCAUUCCACCGCGUAUGUGGAUAGCACAGGGGAACCCGUCUGGACGCAGCAGCUGGCAGCACAGUGGCACGACAAGGCGAUCGCCAACAGAGCAAUCAUCAUCCCCCACUGCGCCGUCGCAGCAAGUCCCCCAGACCUAAUGACACUCCUUCUAUCACGACGAAUCCGCCAACCUCUAGGGCCCGUGCUCUUCGCAAUCCACCAUUCCUGGACCGGCCACAGCAGAGGCGCCAUUGAAAGCAUCCUCGCCGGCCUAGAAACAUACUCUCCCCGCCAGAUGAUGGCCGCCAGUUCACCACUUGCAUCCUGUAUUCCCGACGCUGGACCGCAUCGGCCUCAUCCCACCGCUCCGAAGCUCCCCGUCCAACGGAAUCGCUUCCUCGGCGACCUCACCUUCAACCCCUCCGCAGUAGCGGACCAACUUGUCGUCAUGCGCACUUGGUCACUCCUCCAGCGGUACGGGGACCCCGCCGAGCGAUAUGGUGACCGAUUCAGCUACCAUGGCUAUACCGCCGCGUCGGGCUGGCUGCAGGCGUGGUCUUCGUUCCUCGUCAUGUCUGUCGCGCUGGUCUGGAUCGUGCUGCUUCCACCUCUCCGGUCGCUGCUGAGGUGGCUAGCCCCGCAGCCGGGGAAAGGACCGCAGUUGAAACAUGGGGAGAAGCAUUUCGUAGAAUGGAAGGCCACGGUUGAGGCGGCUGAUAGAGGCGGAGAACCGAGCGUGUUGGGUGUCAUGCGCAUGGACACGGAUGUGUAUAGUGUUUGUGCUACACUGGUCAGUGAAGCGGGGUUGACUUUGCUGCAAAUUCUGGAAAGGAAGGAAGAAGAGGUGUCAUUGGUUAAAAGAUUGGGGGGUGGGAUUCUUACCCCGGCUUCGUUGGGGAUUCAGUACGUGCAGCGGCUGGAGAAGGCAGGACUGCAGUGGGAGGUGACUGAUAUCAAGGGGAAGCAGUAG